AUGUUUGGCAUCCCAUAUACCUUUUUUUUCAUUUGCUUUAGUUUUUGUCCGGUUUCUAUUACUGCUUUUUUUUUUUGUUUAUCCUUCCGGUUGUUGCCCAUAACAUUCGCAGAUUUAGCAAUGGUAACGUUCUCGUUACCAUUCUUCAUUGUCAGCAUAUAUGUCCUACCACUUUUUUUUAAAAAAAUUAUUAUGAUUAUUAUGAUGUGUGCUUUACAUCCCCUGUUUGUUUAUUAUACCUUUCUGUUCCACAACGGAACUGAAUUUGUUGUUUUACUUGAAAUGAAAAAAAAAGGGGGAGAAAAACCAUUUGUGAGGGACGUAAGUCACUUUACCUGGCUUUAUGUUUUGGUUUCAACCAUUUUUAAAAAAAAAAUUCCAUAUCGCGUUCUCUUCGUGAACGCAGUGGAAAAGGAGAUGGAAGAGGGGGGAAAGGGGAGAAAACAAAUGAGUCAGAUGAUAUAUGUAUUUGUUUGGUUAUAUAUUUUUGCCUUCGCAAUUAAUUUUAGUUUAGUUGCAGUUCUGUUCUCUAUAUUUCCUCUGAAUGAUACCCCUUCCUUUUUUGAUGUGUUAAUUUUGAUGAAACAAUACCUCUUAUUUUCAUGCCGCCUCACAUGGUGUCAUUAUAAUACAAGGAGGGAAGUGGAAGGAAUUUUUUUUUCUAGGUUGAUAACGCCGUCAAAUAUUGAACAAAACAACGAAUAUAUAUAUAUAUAUAUAUAUGUUAUACAUCGGUGGGAAGGCAGCGAUGCCAAAUCAAAAGUAAUGAAACAAAAGCGGCAACAACAACAACAAGGAAAAGGCAGAAUCAGGCGUACUACUAUGCAUGGUGGAGCAGCAUGUUUUUUUUUUUACCCUUUUGAUAAUUCGGUGAACUCCAUGCGGGAAUCUUACUAA